CACAUCACAAACAAAUUGAAAGGAAGACAAAAAAAAUUUAUUAAAAAAAACAGAGAAUUGAAAGAUCAAAGAUGUGGAGGAAGAGGAACCUUCAACUUCAACACCCUUACUACUUCCACAAGGCCAUCUCAUUAGCUCUGAAUCUCUCUUCUCUGUUCCUUUUUUUCUCUUUCUUGGGUGCCCACCAAGUGAAGGCUUAUAUCUUCAUCUAUGGAGGCUGCUCUCAAGAGAAAUACCAACCCAACUCACCCUUUGAGGCCAACCUCAACUCUCUAUUAUCAUCUAUUGCUAGUUCAGGUUCUCAAUCUGCUUUCAACAGCUUUGCCAUCGGAAACGGCACUUCCACUUCUACAGACACCUCAGCCUAUGGUCUUUACCAGUGCAGAGGUGAUUUGAAGACAACACAAUGUGCUGCUUGUACCCAAAACGCUGUAAGUCAGAUCAGUCUGCUCUGUCCUUACUGCAAAGGAGCUAGUUUACAAUUGGAUGGUUGUUUUGUAAGAUAUGAAAGCUUCGAUUUCUUAGGGAAGCUAGACACAAACCUUAUGUUCAAAAAGUGUAGUCGAAGUAGCACCAAUGAUCCUGAAUUCUAUAGACGUAGAGAUGAUGUUCUUGCAGACUUGCAGACUGCAAUUGGUUUCAGAGUUAGUACUUUGGGGUUGGUGGAAGGUGUGGCUCAGUGUUUGGGGGAUUUGAAUUCUGCAGAUUGCUCAUCUUGUCUCUCUGAAGCUGUUUCAAAGCUGAAGAAUGUUUGUGGUUCUGUAGCAUCUGCUGAUGUUUACUUGGCCAAGUGUUAUGCUAAGUAUUGGGCUUCUGGUUAUUAUGAUUCUUCCUCAGAUUCCUCCAAAGAAGACCAAGUCGGUAAGUCGAUAGCCAUCAUCGCUGGGUCAUUGGCCGGUCUGGCCGUUAUUGUCGUCCUUCUCUCCUUUAUGCGAAAAGCAUUGUGUGACUAAGAAUAUGAUGAUGGGACAAAGAUGGUGACCAGACCGCACUGAAGAAGACUGGUGUGUGGCCCUACAAUUUCUAGGGUUCAUGUUCCUCAUAAUUAAAUGUCUCUUCUUUGUGCCAAAUUUUAAUCUUUUUCUAAUUUAUUCGUUUAGUAUAAUAUGAUAGUGCA